CAGUAGAGGGAAUAGAACGGCUGGGACAGGCAGUAACGGUCCACUUGAAACCACUCGCCUUCAUGUCAAGCUUUUCGCGUUGUAAGGCAACUGUAUUAUACAUUUAAUACGUUAUCGUACAAUAAUAACAUCAACCGAGAUGCCAUCCGACAGACCCUUCAAACAAAGGAGGACAUUUGCUGAGCGAAGCAAAGAAGUCCAGCAAAUUCGUGAGCAGCACCCCAACAAAAUCCCUGUGAUCAUUGAGAGGUAUAAGGGAGAAAAGCAGCUGCCUGUUCUUGACAAGACCAAGUUCCUUGUACCUGACCACGUCAACAUGAGUGAAUUGGUCAAGAUCAUUAGGAGGCGCCUGCAGCUGAACCCCACACAGGCCUUCUUCUUGCUGGUCAACCAGCACAGCAUGGUGUCCGUCUCCACUGCCAUCUCCGAGAUCUACGAGCAGGAGCGGGAUGAGGAUGGCUUCCUCUACAUGGUAUAUGCCUCACAGGAGACCUUUGGUUGCUAAGAAGGAGAUCAGGCAGAGGGAGAGGGAAAAACGAGGAAGAGAGAGGAGUGGAGAUAGGAAGGUGGGAUGGGGGAGGAGGAUACUCACAAUAAAGGGGUUUAAAACACAUAACUGAGCUUCCAACCCCUUAAGUCACAAAAAUUCACAAAAUAACCUCCCAAGAUCCUCUCCACCUUGUUGCAUCUUAGCCCCCUACCCCGGUAGCGCUUUGUCAGGCAGAUACACGUAAGUCUUUAUGACAUUCCCAUCGUCUUCUCUUUCUCUUGUUCCCUCUUUCAUAGUCUUGUCGCUCUCCACACGUCGAUCAGUAAAUGAGACACUUGCUACAAAUAAAAGGGGACAUCUUGUCCUGUCUCCCUGCUGGCAGAGAUUAAGCCCCAAAUUGGAAUUCAGAAUUAGAACCCGGAACUAAGAUUUUCAGAAUUGGAACUCUGAUGUAGGUCUUAUUCUUAGCUCCAUCUGUCCCUUUAGUCCCACUGUUUUCUCUGCCAUGCAGUGGCAGGACAAAACCAAGCAUGGACUUUCAAAUAUGGCUGUUAAGUUCUAUGAUAUUGCUAUCGGUCGGUUUUUGAUUUAAGACAAAAAAAAGAAAGAAAAAUAUUGUUCUUCAGGCAGGCUAAACUUGAAUCUGUGUAGCAGCUUUCAAGCCAGCCAGUGCAUUAUGUAGUUGCAAGCUUGGCUGAUAGACUCAUUGACACCGCUUGGUAAUAUACCCUCUGUUAUGUAUGCAGAUGGAAGCACAGUGCAGCAAAACACAGUUUGGUUCAUACCUAUCCAGUUAUUUUCUGUGUUGUUUUUCAUCCGAGCUGGUCACACACGUAAGAGUAAUACAGGCUCUAAUAAUAUUUUCACUGUUAUUGUAAUUGUAAUUAUUUUCAAUGUUUUUGUCUGAUUUUAGUUCACUAAUUCACAUUUUUUAAGUUUUGUUUUGUUAGUAAUAUUACACCUAUGUUAGUUUUGUCUCAUAUAUCAGGUUCUGAUUUGUUAUAAAUUUACAGAUAGCCAGAAGCUCACAUAGCCAACUUGCUAAGCUACCAUGGAGCUGACAAUCAGCCUCAUUCACUUUAUUCAGUAACAUAACACACUACUGUAAUUCCAGAUGACUGUGAUGAUUAAAUAGACACAGUAAUCCAACAUGUGAUAAAAAUCCAUCCUUGCUGAUUCCCAGGCCCCUCAAGACACUAAACAUAAAGGAAGCAAUGUUGGGUGAAUCUUUUUUUAUCACACACCAACCUCUGUCAACAUUCAGAACAAUGGCUUUCCAAGAUAUUUGUCUCCUUCCUUUUAUAUUAACUUUACACACUAACUUUAGAUCAGUUGUUCAAGGAAGGGAAGCAAGCAGUAGCACAAUUAAACAUGCUAUAUUUUUUAGCUUUCGCGCUCAUUAACUUAGUGGGACGAUAACAAUCAUUGGUCAGAAGAUGGGAGUUCUCAGUCAGCUGCUGAGUUUAUUUAUUACUACUGUAAGUACAGCGCAUCUGUAGUAUCACUAGGUCACCUGUCAGUUCCUCGGCCCAGGGCUCUCCGAUGUACCCACCUCUCCCUCCAUCUGUUGUCUCACAACCAGUCAGGUAAAGUAGAUGUUAGAAGGCUGAUCCAGCAGAGUGUAGAUGACGAUAUUUGAGUGGAGAUACUUGCCUCAUAUCCUCCCCUUGUGGUCUAUAUUCUUUAUAGAGAUACUAUGUAAUUCACCCUAUACUAGCUCAGUUCUGGGUUCCCACACCAAAACAAGGACUUAAGGGAGGUGAAUGUCAGAAUGUGAGCAAGCCUUUACCUUGGAUUUGAGUGCACAUUAGCAUUUGUUCAGGAGUAGGAAAAGAGGGGACAAAUUGAAGUCACAGGGGUUUUUAAAAGGGGUUGCGAGUGAUGGCAUGGACACUGCUCACGAAUGGGUUGGUUGGAUUCAGCACACUGAGCUGGCCUUUUUUUUUUUCAUUUACUACAGUGCACCCAAAUGAGGCGUUGCAAAGCCAAUGCCCCUGUUGGGUGUGCCACUGCACUUGGUAGUAGUGGAAGCCAGGCAGUUGUGAAAUCUCACUUAAUGCGACCCAUUUUGAUGAAAUGAGCCAUUACAUAGUCAGUGCAGCCCCAAUGUGUGACACCUGUGAGCGCAAUGCACCCUUCUCCUAAUCUGAUUGCUUGUAAGAUUGCAGCACGUGUUGAAAAAAAUAAUGUAGAGUCAAGCAUUUGGAAUAUAUAAACAGGUAUGUAAUGUAGUAAAAUCAUUUGCACAUAUAUCAAAUUAAUUAAAAUAUUCAGAGACAUGGCAUUAAAUUUUUUAGGAAUUUAAUUACAAUAUCUAUUUAACACUAUAUUCUCUAUUCUUUUUGUAUCUUCUCCACGUUUCUCUAUAGAGCACUGGUCAGUAUCCAUGUUUGGCUGUCUGCCUUUGUUUAAUACGAUUUUGUAGAAUUAAAAAAAAGGAAGGUUGUAAUGCACUGCAUACCUGGCAUGUUUCUUUUUUCAUAUUUUCUUUUUUACAAAUGUUUAAUUUUACCCUAUAUAAUUGUAUUGAGUUUUAUAUAAGGAAAAAACAAGAAAAAUGUCUUGAGAUGUCUCCAAACCAAAAAAAAAAUGUAAAAAAAAAUCAAACUACGUGUAUGUGAAUGUUAAAAACAAACAUAAAAUGUGUGCGUAUAAACGAUCAUAUAGUUAAUCUCUUAAUACCUUGUGUGUUUUAUUUUGGCUUUUUGACAUUGUAACUGUUUGGAGGGGUGUAUAUAGAUGCAUUGCUACAACCUAAUUUCAAGCAUUUGCCAAUAAAAAAAUGUUGCCUUUAA